AUGCAGCUGCCAUGGCAGCCCCACGCGGCGUGGCCUGCAGCGGCUGCCGCACAGUCUCACUGGCAGGUGCUGGGCCAGCUGCCAGGACUGGCCGCCGCUCCCGCGGCUCCAGUCACCAACGCAGCAGCAACCCCCGCUUUGGUGCCUGCCCAGCACCAGCAGCAUCAGCACUGCCAGAUGCAGCUGGACCAGCUGAUCUCGAGGGUCGAGGCGGAGCGGAUGAAAGCCCUGGUGGAAACGCUGGUCCUUCACUGGCUGGCGCAGGCCCGCCAGCAGGCCGCCGCUGAACUGGCCUCCGCACAGCAGGCAGCUGCCAGCAUGCUCCAGGCCUGCGCCGAAAUGCAGGCCGCCGCAACUCUGGCUGCGCUGCCCUCGCUGUGA